AUGUCUGAUCAACCAGCACAGUCAGAUUUGCCCGACCAGGGCGCACUUCCUCCACAAGAGGCGGCCCAACCACAAGCUGUAAGAGAGGAUCCCCAACCGCAACAAUGCGCCCAGCAGGUUCUAUUCGAGCAACAGGGCGCGCAACAUAGGGUGUAUAUCUCUAAUUUGAGCCAAGACGCAACCGAGGAGGCGUUGACCGAGUUCCUCAAGGACUUCCAUCCUGUAUCCGUCUUGAUUCCCAGCCAGAGUGUGCGCGGUUUCCAGAAGACAUCUGUCAGGCCCUUGGGGAUUGCCUACGUGGAAUUCAAGGACGCAGACACAGCCGCCAAGGUGAUUCUUGAGCUUAACGGAGUCACAUUCAUGGACAGAGAGCUAAGGCUCAGGUACCACAUCCCCUUUAAGAGUGAAAAAGAGAAAUUGGCCAGAGGGCCCAACAAGUUCCGCCAGAUCCAGCGGCGGCUAUCGGAGUUACGCAGAAGGAACUCGGAUGCCGGCGCUACCGUCACUACGGACAAUGGGCCACAGGUGGACGCUGCCGCGGUUCCCAGAGAGAUGUCCAAGGUGACCAUCUAUGUUGGCCGGUUGCCUGGCAGGACAACGGACAAGGAUUUGAGAACGUACUUCCACGAGUACUUGCCUCAAGAAAUCAUUGUCUUCAAACACCGGCAGUUCAGAGGCUGGCGUAUCCGUCGGCACGUCACUGCGGCUGUCAUCACCUUCCCGGACCACGAGCGGCAGGAAUCGGCGCUAGAAAGCCUUUCGAAUUUGCCAUUCAACGGCAGGACAGUCCGCAUGGCGCCUGCCUUUGAAGACAAGUUGGCGGAGAUCCGCGCAGAAGUUCAACGCAUGGCGGUUGAGCAGCAGCUACCCCAGCCAGCCUCGAACUUGGGCAUAUACAUCGGUAACAACCUAAUUGCCAUGCAGCCUCUGCAGACCCGGAAGGCCGACCAACAGUCACUUCAGUCCCAGCACUCUCCUCAAAAUGCUGCUGAAGACCAAACCAUAACCGCCCCCCCUCCAUCUCAGCAGCAGUUGCCACAACUGCAGCCGAUUGCACCACCACUGUCCCUACAGCCGCUUAACCCGGUGGAGAACACCCAGCCUGUGCAGGGCCUAGACCUCAGCAUUCCACGUGAGCACGAGGAAGUUGUGAGGGGCCAGCCGCUUCUGCGUCUACAGAAGCUACAGAUGAUCCAGCGCCUACAGCGGCUCCAUCGGCAGAAGCAGAGACAACAGAUACAGCAGGAACCUGCUGCACAGCCGGCCGCACAGCCGGCCGCACAGCCAGCUACCGAGGCUGCUGUUGCGCCGCAACUUGUUCCCGAACAAGAGGCACAUCAGGCAGCCGCGCAGGCUGAGCCCCAACAGGUGCUAGAGAGACCCAUUGCUGCUGGUGCAUAA